AUUGGGAAACAGAAUGCCAUUUGGUGGAGCCAGUGAACCUGACCAUGCCCAUGGGUCACUGAAGUCUGAGUCAGACAUUUUGCAGAACACACUACCUGAAAAUGAGAAAUUCUAUUUUGAUCUGUCCAGAAUUAUUGAUAGAAAUGCAAGGCACGCUGAUGGAAUUUUCACCAGUGUCUACAGCCAUCUUUUGGCUAAACUUGCUGUGAAGAGAUAUCUACAUUCGCUUAUUAGAAAACGAGUUAGCUCCCAGGACAGUCCUGUCAAACGCCACUCUGACGCUGUCUUCACUGACAACUACAGCCGCUUUCGAAAGCAAAUGGCUGUGAAGAAAUACUUAAACUCAGUUUUAACUGGAAAAAGAAGCCAGGAAGAGCUAAACCCUGCUAAACUUCGAGACGAAGCAGAACUUCUUGAACCUUCCUUUUCAGAAAACUAUGAUUCUGUAGAUGAGCUGCUGAGCCACCUCCCACUGGACCUCUGAAGGACACCUGGUAAAGUCUAUGACAAGAACAAGUUAUUUUUGAGUUCCACAUAGUAUUUCAAAGAGAUGCCUUUAGUCAUCAAACCAGAACAAAUAUGUUGUGAAGUGAAAGUUGUGAUAUAUUUGUUUCUUAUGUAAUAAAAGUUGAUAUUUACAUUGUAAAUAUUACUCUAGAGUUCUCUACUGAAAGCUGUACAUAUGGAUGCCAGUUUAACUCAUGAGAAGUCUGUGAGUCCAUAUGCUGUAAAUCCUUUACUUCAAUAAAUU